AUGGAUAACGAAGGUGACGAAUCUGGAUACAAUGACGAAGGAUCUUCGUCAUGGACCAUGGAGUGUGAAACUGCAGAGGCGAGACGGCGGAGACGAAUGCAGUUGCGGCUGCUUGAACGAGAACAACUGGAAGCGAUGCAGAGGCCGGAUUGCACGAACCGCAUGGGUCACUCGCCCCUACAAAAAGUGAUGGCAGCUGUACGGGUACUCGGGUAUGGUUGUUGCUUUGAUAGUGUGGACGAAGUCAUAAAGAUGGGAGGCACGUCAGUCAAAAGGGCCACCAUAGAAUUCUGUGAAACGAUUGUGAAUGUGUACAAGUCUCAAUAUCUACGGGAUCCGACGCCUGACGACAUAUCCUGUCUGUUGGCCGAAAAUAAAGUGCGUGGGUUUCCGAGGAUGAUAGGCUCGCUUGAUUGUAUGCAUUGGUGUUGGGAUGCAUGCCCGAUUGCAUGGCGCGGGCAGUAUAAUGGAUGGUAUGGCUACCCUACUUUAAUCUUGGAAGCUGCAGCGUCUCAAGAUCUCUGGAUAUGGCAUGCAUUUUUCGGUAUGCCCGGCUCCAACAAUGAUAUCACUGUUUUGGACUAUUCGCUGUUGUUCGAUAAAUACAUGAAUGGGACUGCACCACCGGUUGAGUACGAGGUGAACGGUACCGUGUAA